AUGCCGUCGCCCUCGCCCUCGAGUACCGCUCGAGCUAGCACCUCCUGUCGUCGCUGCCACCGCCGGAAAAAGCGCUGUGAUCGAACACUACCGCAAUGCGAGACGUGCUUGCAUGCGCGCGUGGCGUGUAGCUUCCUGGAUGAUGAUCGGCUGGUGGGGACGUAUUCGAUUGCGUACGUCCAAGGAUUAGAAUCUCGGGUUCGAGAGCUCGAGAAGGAAUUAUCAGCAGUUCUUACAUCCCCACGACCAGGUUUUGAAUUCGACCCGCCCAUCGUGAACUUCGCCACGCCUCCGGAGACAGAUACCUUUGAUGAGUUCCCUCUUCUCACACCCCCAGUGCAGGCGCGAAAGGAUAUUCUGGCCGAGGAGGUCAAGAGACUCUCCCUGGAGGCUACGGCAGAGCGACAUCUGGGUUCGUCGUCGGGGUGGUCGUUUGCGAAGCUCACUCAGGCGGUUCUUCGACGGUUGUCGCCGGAUAAGGCGGAGUUUGUGUUUGAUGGUGUAGAUGAUGGGUUGGAUGGGCCUCUCCCAUCCUUCGACGAUGCAUCGGGCUCGCUUCUGGAUUUCAAUGCCUUUUCUUCUCCCUGUUUGUUCCAUCAGCUCUCGCUGUCCCAGGUCCUGGAAGAUGAGUCGGUGCUGGCUGAUCUCCAGCUACCGGACAAGGGGCAUAUGACCUAUUUGAUGGACUUUUAUUUUGCACACUCGCAUACCCUGUAUCCGAUCAUUCGACGGAAUGAGUUUAUCACGGUAUUGUGGCGUGUGUAUAACCAUCCAGAGGAGCCGUUGGCAGGGUCGGCGCUGUGGAUGUUUCGGGUCUGGAUGGUUCUGGCCAUUGGGUCGACCGCACACUCGUCGGUAUCGUUGGUCGAGAAAUCGGAAUCGGUUCUCUACUAUAAUAAGGCGAUGGGGUAUUUUGAGGAGGCCUUCGAACUGGGUGAUAUGGCUGCACUCGAGGUAUUGAUGCUGCAAGUAUCGUACUCCUUCUUCAACCAGAUCGGACCGAAUACAUUCUUCCUCGUCGGCGUGGCCGCUCGCAUGGCCAUCGGAAUGGGUCUUCAUACCUCCUCGAGCUAUGCCAAUCUCUCGACCGACGUGAUCGAGUAUCGCAAACGAAUCUUCUUCUCUCUCUACAUGAUGGACAGAGUGGUAUCCAUCUCCCUCGGUCGUCCAUUUGCCAUCCACGACGACGACAUCGACAUCGAGCCCUUCUCCGACAUCGACGAUGAACCCCCCCACCCCCUCCACCCAUCCACCCUCUCCAUCCCGCUCCACAUCCUCUCCCUCCGUCGCAUCGCCAGCGAAAUCGCCACGACCGUCCACUCCCCCCGCACCACCCCCCUCUCCCUCCCCCAACGAGAACACCUCCUCCAAACCCUCCACAGCAAACUCCUCACCUGGCGCCGGACCAUGCCCUUCCCCCUCCCCUCUACCCCCUCCCCAAUCCCCCACCUCAGCACCAACUGGUACGACCUAAACUACUACACGCACCUAAUGAUGCUCUACCGCCCGUCCCCACUCUUCCCCUCCCUCGACGAACAUAAAGUCAAGAUACUGGCAAUGGCCGCCGCCAUGUCCAUCCGUCAGGCCAUGAACAUGCACCGUCAGCACCGGUUCGCGUAUAACUGGCUGAAUUUGCUGACUGUGUUUCAGGCCGCGGUGGCAUUGGUGUAUGCCACGGUGGCGCAGCCGGAGGAGUUAGGCGGGGUGGUGAGGGAGGGAGGGGUGCGGGAGGAUUUGGAAUUAGUGGUGGAGUUGUUGGGGGUGUUUGGGGGGAAGUUUCGGGUUGCGGGACGGUUGGGGGCGUUGGUGAGGGGGGUGUUGGCGAGGUUGGAGUAG